AUGGGAUGCCCUGAAUCUCGGGGACCCCCUCGGGGGGUAGGGGCCGCCGCGGUGACGCGCUGCCGCUGGAGGUCGCGGGCGAGCGGCGCGGGGAGCCGGCAGCGCCCGCUGGAAGCGGAACCGGCGGCACCGGGCGGCUCCGGCAGCGGCGGGCGGGAGGCACCGGGGGCANGAUGGAGCCGCCCGGGCGCCGCCCGCCUCGCCAGCGCCCCCCGCCCGCGCCAUGAGGCUGCCGUAGCGCGGCGGAGCGAGCGCAGCCCCGCCGAGCCGCCCGCCGCCCCCAUGGCGAAGGAGAGGAGCAGGAAGGCGCUGCUGGAGCUGCUCCAGCGGCCGGGGAACGCGGCGUGCGCCGACUGCGCCGCCCCGGACCCGGACUGGGCGUCGCACAGCCUCGGGAUCUUCAUCUGCCUGAGCUGCUCGGGCAUCCACCGCGGCAUCCCGCAGGUCAGCCGGGUCAAGUCGGUGCGCCUGGACGACUGGGACGAUGCCCAGGUGGAGUUUAUGGCCUCGAAUGGAAACAAUGUAGCAAAAGCAAAAUAUGAAUCUAAAAUGCCACCGUUUUAUUAUAAACCAACGUAUCUUGACUGCCAAUUACUGCGGGAGCAGUGGAUCAGAGCCAAAUAUGAACGAAAAGAGUUCAUCCACAGUGAGAAGCAGGAGCCUUAUUCUGCAGGGACCUGUCCCUGUCCUUGCAGGAUGCUGCAGGUGUCAGCAGUGGCACCGCUCUCCCUGCAGCACACUCAGGGCUUUGCAGCUGCAAAGGUGCAGCUGCUGUGA